CGCAGCCGCGCUGAGGCGGCGGGGUCAUGGCGGCGGCUUGGCUCUGCACAGUUAGGACUAAAGUCUGCACGGCACCAGCUUUUGGGAGAUGUCUAGAGAAGGCGCUCUGGACAAGGUCAUGGAGAAGGGAAGAUGCUGGCCUGCCCCGGAUUUUUAGUUCGUGGGAGUGUUUGCAGUCACAAACCCAGCGAGUUCAUGGUGUCAGCAAUUAUCUCAGGAGACCGCGACAGCUGUCUGUGUGUCUGUCCCACUCGGACCCUGCUGCUGUGGUCCAACAGAAGGCUGUGAAUGGGAGCCCAGAAGAGUUCAAACUGGUCUACAGGUUCCCAGGGAUAAAGUACUGCAGGGUCCUGUCAAGACUGAAGCUGUUGCAGACUGCCACCUCCAUGAUCAUGCUGCCUCCCAUCUUCUACCUCUACCUGCAGGACCAGGUGUCUCAGAAUAUCCUCUUCUACACAACUGGCAUCGCUGUCUUUGCUGGGGCAAUGUUGUAUGGUAUGAGCUACUUUCUCAGAAGAAUUAUUGGAUUAAUCUACUUAAGUGAAACAGGACAAACUGUCAGAGUGGCCCACUUGACGUUUUGGGGAAGACGUAAUGAUAUUUACUGUCCCAUAGAGACAGUGGUGACUUUGGAUGAAGUUGGAGAUAGCAAGGACGAGCUACUUCACCAGUUCAAACGGUAUAACAGUACAGAUACUUUGUAUUUUACAAUUAAGUAUGGCCAGAUUGUAGACAGACAGAAAUUCACUCAAAUAUUUGGAGAACUUGUGUGACACAGCAGAUCAUGAUUUUCCAUGUUGCAUGUUCAGUGUGCUUGUUGUUCCAUGAGGUUUAAGUAAUGUAUCAAACUACACAUCUCUGUCCUUUUCCUGUGUAAA